GCACCGGGGGCCGGCGCGGGCGGGGGCCGCGCACGGGGCAGGGUUUAUAGCGCGGCCGCAGCGCCACCCGCAGCCCGCCGGGGCGGCACCGGCACCGGGCAGCGGCCGGAGCUCCGCACCGCUCCGAGGCGCAGCGGCGUGGGCUACCGGCCGCCCUCCUUCCCUUCCCCGGGGGCCGGCGGGCCGGGCUUGCAGUCGGCCGCGGCGGAGCGGCGUUAAAAGGCGGCGGCGGCGGAGGAGGAGGAGGCGGCUCACGGCGGCGGGGCCGGUGAAGGCUGCGGGGACCGGGACCGGUGCGCGGCGCUGCUGGGCGGGCAUCGGCACCGCGGAACCGGCCCUGCCCCGGCAUCGCUGCGAGCCCGCGGCUGCGGGCGGAGGCACUGGACAUGGACACAGAGGAUGACCCCUUGUUACAGGAUGCCUGGCUAGAGGAGGAAGAUGAAGAGGUAGCCUUCAGCUCACGGAAGAGGCGUGAGGGUGCUCUGUUGUGUGGGAGAAGCCCCUGCAGAGUCAGGCCCCUGCGUGUCACUCUGCCCGUGUCUGGCUUCUGGAAUAUUGUCGGAUGGGUAUUUACCAACCCCUACUGUGCUGGCUUCAUCCUUUUCCUGGGCUGUGCCAUCCCUGCUGUGCUUGCUGUUGUCAUGUUCCUCCACUACCCAGCCCUGGAUAUUGACAUCUCCUACAAUGCUUUUGAGAUCCGCAACCACGAGUCCUCGCAGCGCUUCGAUGCCCUCGCCUUGGCCCUCAAGUCCCAGUUUGGGUCGUGGGGCAGGAACCGCCGGGACCUGGCUGACUUCACCUCUGAAACCCUGCAGAGGCUCAUCUUUGAGCAGCUCCAGCAGCUUCACCUCAACGCUUCCCACCUUGGGGUCAGUGCGCGGGUCAAGCGCAGCGCCCCACAGGGCAGGACGAGCUCCCCUAAGCCCCAUGGCCACCUCAACCCAGGAAACAGGACUUCCCGGGCUGGGAGGGGUGCCCCACGCUGGGACUACUCUGGCACUUACAUCAGUGCCAACACACAGACUCACGCCCACUGGCGCAUUGAGCUCAUCUUUCUGGCCAGGGGGGACUCUGAAAACAACAUCUUCACCACUGAGCGCCUGGUCACCAUCCAUGAGGUUGAGCGUAAGAUCAUGGAUCACCCUCGCUUCAGGGAGUUCUGCUGGAAGCCCCAUGAGGUCUUGAAGGACCUGCCCCUGGGCUCCUACUCCUACUGCUCCCCUCCCAGCUCCCUCAUGACCUACUUCUUCCCCACUGAGAGAGGAGGGAAGAUUUACUAUGAUGGCAUGGGACAAGACCUUGCUGACAUACAAGGGUCCCUGGAGCUGGCCAUGACCCACCCUGAAUUCUACUGGUACGUGGAUGAGGGCUUGUCUGCUGAGAACAUGAAGAGCUCGCUGCUGCGGAGCGAAAUCCUCUUUGGGGCACCACUGCCGAACUACUACUCGGUGGAGGACCGCUGGGAGGAGCAGCGCCGCAAGUUCCAGAGCUUCGUCAUCACCUACGUGGCCAUGCUGGCCAAGCAGUCCACGAGCAAAGUCCAGGUGCUGUAUGGAGGGACAGACUUGUUUGACUAUGAAGUGAGGAGGACUUUCAACAAUGACAUGUUGCUGGCCUUCAUCAGCAGUAGCUGCAUAGCUGUCCUGGUCUACAUCCUCACCUCCUGCUCAGUGUUCCUGUCAUUCUUUGGCAUUGCCAGUAUUGGACUAAGCUGCCUAGUGGCUCUGUUCCUGUACCACGUCGUGUUUGGGAUCCAGUACCUGGGCAUACUCAAUGGUGUGGCUGCCUUUGUCAUUGUGGGGAUUGGGGUUGAUGAUGUCUUUGUUUUCAUCAACACCUACCGCCAAGCCACCCACCUCAAGGACCUGCAGCUGCGCAUGAUCCACACCAUCCAGACAGCAGGGAAGGCCACCUUCUUCACGUCCCUGACCACGGCUGCAGCAUAUGCUGCCAACAUCUUCUCUCAGAUCCCAGCUGUGCAUGACUUUGGACUCUUCAUGUCGCUGAUUGUGUCCUGCUGCUGGGUAGCUGUGCUCUUCACCAUGCCAGCUGCUCUUGGAAUAUGGACCCUUUAUGUGUCCCCACUAGAGAGCUCCUGCCAAACCAGCUGUAAUCAGAAGUGUGCCAAGAAGAGUGCCUUGCACCUGGCUGAAGAUCUCUUCAUUGCCUCAGAGGCCACCUCCAGAGCAGGCAGAGAGACACUUCCCUAUCUUGAUGAUGACAUCCCACUGCUAACUGUGGAGGAGGAGCCUGUUUCCCUGGAAAUGGGGGAUGUCCCCUUAGUAUCUGUGAUGCCAGAAAAUCUGCAGCUCCCUGCAGAGAAGAGCAACCGGGGCCACUUGAUAACUCGUCUGCAGGAGCUGCUGGAACAGUGGGUGCUGUGGUCUGCAGUGAAGAGGAGAUGGGUGAUUGUGGGGCUCUUUCUCCUGGUUUUGCUGCUGUCCAUGUUCUUUGCUAGCCGCCUCCAUCCAGCUAGCCGGGCUCCAGUCUUGUUCCGCCCAGACACUAACAUCCAGGUGCUGCUAGACCUCAAAUACAACCUGAGUGCUGAAGGCAUCUCCUGCAUUACCUGCUCAGGUUUGUUUCAGGAAAAGCCCCACAGUUUGCAGAACAACAUCCGAACCUCCUUGGAAAAAAAGAAGAGGGGCUCAGGGUCACCCUGGGGAAGCAAAGGGAGCAUAAGUGAUACAGGGCAGCAAGAUCUGCAGGGGACUGUGUACAUCUCCAAGUCCAGAAGCAAGGGAAGGCCUGCUGUCUACAGAUUCUCACUCAAUGCCAGUGUCCCUGCCCCCUGGCAGAUGGUGUCACCGGGAGACGGGGAGGUGCCUUCAUUCCAGGUGUAUAGAGUGCCUUUCGGUAACUUCACCAGGAAGCUGACAGCUUGUGUGUCCACAGUAGGGCUGCUUAAGCAGACGAGCCCCAGGAAGUGGAUGAUGACCACCUUGUCCUGUGACACCAAGAGAGGCUGGAAGUUCGACUUCAGUUUCUACGUGGCCGCCAAGGAGCAGCAGCGAACACGGAAGCUGUAUUUUGCCCAGUCGCACAAGCCCCCUUACCAUGGCCGAGUGUGUGCAGCACCUCCUGGCUGUCUUCUCAGCUCUAGCCCAGAUGGACCCACUAAAGGCAUCCUUUAUGUUCCCAGUGAGAAAGCAGCACCCAAAGCAAAGCUGUCAGCCACUUCUGGAUUUAAUCCUUGCAUGAACACGGGCUGCGGGAAGCCAGCGGUGCGGCCGCUGGUGGACACAGGAGCCAUGGUGUUCGUGGUGUUUGGUAUCAGAGGUGUUAAUCGCACGAGACACCCAGACAACCACGUCAUUGGAGACAUGGGCAGCGUUAUCUAUGAUGACAGCUUUGACCUCUUCAAAGAGAUUGGCAACCUGUGCCGCCUCUGCAAAGCCAUCGCCAGCAACACGGAGCUGGUGAAGCCAGGAGGGGCUCAGUGCCUGCCCUCUGGUUACAGCAUCUCCUCCUUUCUGCAGAUGUUGCACCCUGAGUGCAAGAACAUUCCUGAGCCAAACCUGCUGCCUGGACAGCUCUCUCAUGGGGCAGUGGGGGUGAAGGAUGGGAAGGUGCAGUGGAUCUCCAUGGCAUUUGAAUCGACAACCUACAAAGGGAAAUCUUCCUUCCAGACGUAUGCUGACUACCUGAAAUGGGAGACGUUCCUACAGCAGCAGCUCCAGCUCUUCCCAGAGGGCUCUGCUCUCCGGCACGGUUUCCAGACCUGUGAGCACUGGAAGCAGAUCUUCAUGGAGAUCAUAGGAGUGCAGAGUGCCCUGUACGGUCUCGUCCUCUCGCUGCUUAUCUGUGUGGCUGCAGUGGCAGUGUUCACCACUCACAUCCUCCUGCUGCUGCCAGUGCUGCUCAGCAUUCUAGGGGUGGUCUGCUUGGUGGUGACCAUCAUGUACUGGUCUGGCUGGGAAAUGGGUGCUGUGGAAGCCAUCUCCCUUUCCAUCCUCGUUGGCUCCUCUGUAGAUUACUGCGUGCACUUGGUGGAGGGCUACCUGCUGGCAGGGGAAAACCUGCCACUGCACCAGGCAGAGGACCCCAGAGCGUGCCGCCAGUGGAGGACGGUUGAAGCGGUGCGUCACGUGGGGGUAGCCAUCGUGUCGAGCGCCGUCACCACCGUGAUCGCCACCGUCCCGCUCUUCUUCUGCAUCAUUGCCCCUUUCGCCAAGUUUGGGAAGAUCGUGGCCCUCAACACGGGAGUUUCCAUCCUGUACACAUUAACUGUGAGCACAGCCCUGCUGAGCAUCAUGGGGCCUGGCACCUUCACCCGCAGCAGGACUUCCUGCCUCAAGGCUGUGGUGGGGGUGCUGCUUGCUGGCCUGCUGGGUCUAUGCAUCUGCCUCGUCCUGCUGAAGAGUGGAUUUAAGAUCCCUCUCCCUAAUGGGACAGCCCUGUAGACCCUAUGCCAAGAGCCACGUGCUCUGUCCUCUUGCUCCCUUUCUUUUUUCUUUUUCUUUUUUUUUUAAAGGAUAUUUUUUGUAAGAAAAAGAGGAAAAAAGCCCUAAAAAAACCCAACAACCUUUUUCCAGAAGUCUUUCAACUCCAGAUGCACUUUAUUUUCUAAUGGGUUUUGCUCUAAACUUGUAUUUAUUUUGGGUAGUGAUGGAUGAUGGACAGUGAGGGCUGCCCAGUGGAUGCCUCAGCCUGUGAGGAGGAGAGGAAGAGGUCUCCUCUCAGUUUUCUUUCUGCUUUGCUUUUCUUUUCUUUUUUUUGUCUCUCUUUUUUUAAUGAAGAGUUUUCUGGAACUGCAAAGCUAAAAGGGGAGAAGGUGGGAAGGCCAUCUGAUCCCUUUCUAAACCCUUCCCUCUGUCUCUCCCCUUGGUCAGCACUGCAACAAUGACUCUUGAGGUGAUGUCCUACCCCCAUGCCAAGCCUGUGCCUCAUUACCCAAGCCUUGGAAAGCAGCAGUGAGCUGUUGGGCAGGCCUGGGAAGUAGUGUUGUCUGGACCCCUUUGCUGUGCCCUGUACCCAAACUAGACCAGCACUGAACUUGCUGCACAGGAGCUCUUAUUGUGGGAUUAUCAUUGUGGGAUCUGAAGUAGAGAUGUUGGAUGGCACCACCCGCUUUCAUCAUUUGUGGAGGGUGUCAGGAUGCAUGGCUUUCCCUUUCUUUCUGAAGGGACAGUGCACCUUUCUCUGGAAUCUCUUGGGCCUGUGAAGAGCCACCAGGAAAGCAGUUGGUGCCCUCAGCAGCCUGCCCUCCUCUCCUUCAUCUUGGUGUUUGUUAGGGCAGAGAGAAAGCAGACAGCCUUGAGGUACCUGCAGAGCCUUUUGGUCUUACCCUGAGGAUAGAAUCAUAGAAUGGUUAGGGUUGAGAAGGACCUUAAGAUCAUCUCGUUCCAACCCCCAAAUGAGCUUUCGGAUGUCCCACUGUUGUGGAGACAUGAGGGCAGCGGAGCUUCAUCCUGCAGCUGCUGCCUGCUCAGAGCAGGUGGUUUAUAUUACAGUAAAAUGAAGUCACAAACUGCUGCCAUUAACAAGUACAUUUUAAGCAUCACUGAUUCUAUCAUAUUUUUAAAAUUGAAAUAGCUAAGUGUGUGCAUUGAUAUGCAGCACAUCUGGCCCUUGGCAGAAGAGGAGGGGUUGGGCCCAGUUGGAGAUGCAUUAAACAUUAUUUACAGGGAUGCCAAUAGAGGGGGGUGGACAGAAAGCAGCCUGACUUCAUUUGUUUGCAGAUACCAUGUCCCUGGUGGCUUUGUAUUCUCUGUCUGGAUUGACCCCCCCCCCUUUUUAAGAUGAGAAUUCUGGGAAGCCCAUCCCCAUUGUCAGCCAAGUUCUGAGGACUGUGCUGCUGAGACAGACCAGCAGCUGCUUCUGCUUGCUCAAUGCAUCCCUGCUCUGAUCCCCACCACUCUUACACCUUCACAUCAUGCCAUUCCUGUGAAACUGAAUUAAAUGUUUGUUCUUAAAGUAGGUCCCCCAAGGUGUCAGUUGGAGAAGAGUGCCAGGACAGGACUCUUGUUGAUGCCAGGGGCAAUCCAGAGCAAUCCUGCUGCAGGCAGUGAGGGUGGUGAGAGCAUGAGCAGAACAGACCUGGUUUCUGCUUCACCACCCCAUGGUGCAGCUGAGUUACCCUUUCCUGCAAAGCGUGAAAUGUUCCCUGGCACCUACCUCUGAUCUGCACCAGCUCCUUCAUAAUGAACCCCAUGGCCAUGAAUAACUGGCUCUGGGAAGGGUUUUGACUAUCCUUAAGCUGUGCUGCUGCGCACGGUUCAGCCCCGACACUGAUCUGUAAGCAUGCUUUCCCCCCUGUCUGUUCUCCAAAUUGAACUACUGGUGGUGCCCUGAGCAUGGUGAGUGGCAGCGACUGUAGAGAGCAGUAUGCUGGAUGAGACCCAUGUGGCUGUGUGGGUGCUGCAGGGGUGAGCAAGGUGGCCCUAGUGCUGCUGCUAAGGGUGCUCUGGCUGAUGGCUUGACCUGAAUUUAGCUAAUGCUUCAAAUUCCUUGGGGUGAUUAAAUCUGAUGGAUAUUUCCAGGUCACCAGACAAGAGAACAAGGUGCUGAGUGCACCCUUAGAGGAAGUUCCUUCUUCUGUGAGCAUGAAGAAACCUUGAAAGGCCUUUAAGACAAGGCAUAGAUGUGCUUUGAAUCCUGCAAAGUUUAAAGCUCAUUUAAGCCCCUGGUGUUCUAUGUUAUAAAGAGGCUUUCAUAGAGCACCCUCACCCCCAGAGUGAUUCUGGACACACCAUGCUGGGACCAUUCAUUGAGCCACUCCUGGAAGGCAAAGAUUAAUUUCAAAGUAGCGGAAAACCUUUUAUGUCUCUGGGGUCUGAUCUGGCAAUGUCUGAUCUACAGACAAAAAUAGCAGAGUUCUUGGCACCUGAUAGGAUCUGUCCCGUUUUCCAGAGCAGGCAGGGGAAAGGACAAGCUAUCAUAUUCCCUCCUCCUCUCUGGCCAGCCCAGGAUCACUCAGUGCAGAAAGGAUGGCUGGUAUUAACAGGAGCCGGGCAUCACCUUGCCCUUGUUUGUGGUACUGGAGAGCAAUGGCUGAAGUGAUUCGGAAGGGAAAGUAACAGACUGAGGUAAGUGUAGAGCUGUAGCAGAUGAUUCACAAAGGCAUAGUGAGGAGAUUGUGCCACUCCAGCAAGGAAACUGAGGCAAGGAGAGGAGGAGGAACUUACACCAGACUGCAGUAGAAUGGCAGAAGAGCCAGGAGAUGAUACUAGGUGAUUCUUCUUACUGCAAAAACUCACUGGAUGUUGGUAACCUGAAAAUGUGAUUAAAUAUAGGCAUAACACUUGUCCUAAGAUCUAACUAGACAUUUGUCCCAUUGCUAUUUCACUCUGCACAGCAAUUUGGUCAGGGUGGCUGGUGCCUUCUCCAUCUACCAUGGAGUGAAAGAGGCUUAAAGGUGCGGCCCAGCCUUUGCCAAAAUGCAUACAGCACCCUGAUGUCACCAAGCAUCUGUGGAGACAAUAAAUCAGUAGCAGGUGUGUACAUCUAUCUCCAUGUAGGCAGCAUCAUCCUUGGGACGAGAAAACACUCAUAAAAUUAUAGAGGUAAGAAAACGGAUGGGUUUAUUUGAGCAAAUGUGAAGGUGGGGCUGACAGCCCUGCUGGGAAUUGGUGCCCCGAGGCAGAUGCUCGUAGCAAUAAAACACAAGGCCUUACCUGUCUGGCACUGUUCUGGGAGCAGAUGCAUGCCCUAAAUUAAUUCAUCCCACACCUCUGCCUAUGUUCUUUCUGUGAUGACUCCUCUGUUUCCCAGACCAUCUCUUGGGUCCUGUUGUUUUGCUGAGCAAGGAUUAGCCUUCUCUGUGGUAGCUAUUCAUGCCUAAUGUGCUCACAGAGUCUGGACUAAAGUAGCUGGAGAUAGUCGCAGGGAGAAUUUCUCAGGCAGAGGAAGGUAGGGAGUUAAAAUGCUUCAUAUGAAGCUGUCAGUUUUGAUGGUUUUAAACAACAGAGCACAGCAGACCAGCCUUACUUAGAAGAGAAUGCUCUGAUUUUUCCUGCAAAACAAUCUUGCUGCAAUUAAAAAGAGAGGUACCCAAGUUCUCAGUUACAGCACACUGCAAGGGAGUAUUUCUGUUAACUGCCCACUCCUUUAUUUCUAUUAAAUCCUGUUUUGAGGGUUACAUUCUGAAAAGUUGAUGUUAGUGUUUCAGGAUGGGAGUCAUUCUGAAACUCUGCAGUCUCCUAGAAAACGGAGCAGGUCCUGUCCUGACCAGAAGCUUUCUCUCUGCCAGCCCAGGGCAGUCACAGAAGGGCACUGCUGCCCAGUGCUGAAGCACUGCGAUACGUGCGCAGAGGUGGUGUUGCUGCUCUUUGCCUUCAGUGGAGCUGCUGAGUGAGUUCAAGGCUCCUCAUGGCUGUGGACACUCAGGGGGAGAGUCUCUGCUCACAACAGCCAUGCCAGCUGGCAGUGUUCAAGAUCAGGUUGGACGGGGCUUGGAGCAACCUGGUCUAGUGCGAAGUGUCACUGCCUGUGGCAGGGGGUUGGAACUGGAUGAUCUUAAGGUCCUUUCCAACCCAAACCAUUCCAUGAUUCCAUGACUUGAAAAAUCGGUGUCAGAGAAAGGAAUAGACUCAGGUCUCCUCACUCUAUUUCCUUAUGUUGUGGGGCCUCCUGAGGUGCUGGAUUCACAUGGGGUCUGUAAGGCAACUGGGGCAUCAGGUUUGGCCACUGACCUCAGCAAUUCCAAAGGCUGCAGAUACCAAAAGGGGAUCAGUGGCUGAGCUGGGCUGUGUUUCUCAGUCCCUGCUGGAUCUGCAACUAUGCCAGAGCAAAGGCAGCCUGAGAAAUCUCCCCAAGGAGAAGGACAUAUGGCAUGCUUACAGAGUUACUGUACCACUGCUACAGUCGUCUGGAUGCAGUGGUCUCCGGAGGCUCCUGGCUUUGUCUCUGCUGGAGCAAACUGGGAUGUUGCUCUAUUGCAUCUAAUUCUUUUAGCUUGUCCUGCACUGAAUUUUCUUACCAGAGCAGCCUGCUCUUCUGGAAGAUGAUAAAAGGCAUUUUAUUUAACCCUGUGGCAUGUAUCAGUCCUCCCACACUGUCCACCAAGUAAGCUGUGCUGAGUGAUUUGCAGCCAGGCAGAACAAAUUCAGCUUCUCAGUUACUUCCAAAAUCACCCCUCACCCCAGACAGCACACAAGCCAUAGUUCACAGGUUUUUCAGAGGCUGCUGCUAACCACUUAGUACUCAGGGGCCUGGAGUUAAAGGUCUUUCAAGGCCUGUCUCCAUCCUGAGGACACUGUUGUUCAGCUGUUUGGCUUCCUUCUCCUCCUUUGGGCGGUUGCUGGAGGGGAUGGAGGUAAUGGCCAGGACCAGAGGCAGAGCGACAAGCUCAUCAGCAGAAAGGUUUGCAAGGGGAAGCAGAAGAGAACAAACAGGAGGGAGAAUGGUCCAAAAGCCAAGGGGAGAAGAGGUGUGAGCACCCCAAGGACAGAGGGAGGGCACUGUUGUUUCACCACGUUGUGUGCAGACCUUAGAGUGUCAGUUCUCAGAGUGAUGUAGCACAAUUCCCAAUGUACAUGUGUUACUUUUGUAAGUCGUCUCCUGCCCUCACUAUUUUCAGUGUUUCUUGAUUUUUGGAGACUGUUGUAAAUAAAAGAUUUUGACAUUCGCA